UUUUUAAAAUUUAUUUUUAUUUAUUUUUGGCUGCAUUGGGUCUUUGUUGCUGCACGCAGCCUUUCUCCAGUUGCUGAGAGCAGGGGCUACUCUUCAUUGCAGUGUGCAGGCUUCUCAUUGCGGUGGCUUCUCUUGUUGCGGAGCAUGGGCUCUAGGUGUGCGGGCUCAGUAGUUGUGGCGCAUGGGCUCAGUAGCUCUGCGGCAUGUGGGAUCUUCCCAGACCAGGGCUCAAACCCGUGUUCCCUGCAUUGGCAGGCGGAUUCUUAACCACUGCGCCACCAGGGAAGCCCUGCUCCAGCUUUUUAAAAAAACUUUUUAUUGAAAUGCAGUAUACCUCCAGAAAAGUGCACAUGUCACAAAUGUACAGCUGGAUGCACUUUCACAAUCGGGAACCCACGCAACCAACCUCAGAUUGAGAAACAACAUCACCAAGCAUCCCAGAAGCCCUCUCUGCCUCCUCCUGACCUGUAAUGGCAGAAACUAGUCUCACCUGUUCUUGUACUUUAUACAGAUGGAAGCAAUUAGGAUGUGCUCUUUCAUCCCUGGCUUCUUUCAGUCGUCGUGUCUUUGUGAGAUCCAUCUAUAUCAUUGCAUACAAUUGUAGACCCCUCAUUCUCACCGCUGCAGAGUAUUGCACUGUGUGACUACAAUCAUGCUACUGAUAAUGGGUGUGUGAGCUUUCCAAUUUGGGGCUGUUCCAACUAGUACAGCUAUGAACAUUCUAGUACAUGUCUGUUGGGUACAUACCUAGGAGAGGAAUUUCUGGAGACUCGACACUUUAAAUGUUGAGAAGGAACCAGCAGAGAAGAUGUGAAGCUACAGGAGAGAAGGGGUCACUGAGUGAGGUCCCUGGGGAAGCAGGAGGUAAGAAGUGGGAGAGGUCGGGGCCAGAACCAGAGGCAGGGAAUAGGCUUUUCCAUUGGAGCGGGGUGGAAGGUGGGUUUGUAGUUGGGGGUGGAUAUAGAGGGCUCCUUGUGUUGGCUUUGAUUUGUUAUGUGAAGUGGGAGGACAGAUGGUCUGCUGAGAGCACAGCGGAGGGUUUGGGGUUUGAGGCGCUCAUAGUAGAGCGUGGUCAGCAGAGAGAUGACUGGAGAACGGAUGAGACUGCAGCACUCUUCGGAGUUCUAUGAUUUUCCCACAGAACUACUCCUUGAAGUGAAACCCAGAGUGAAGGAAUAUGGAAACACCUGGUUUCCAGGCUGCAGCUCCCCAAGAGCCCUAUGGCGCCACCUGCCGGAUAAGGGCCGCAUGACGUGCCCAGGAAGGUAGGUACCUUCACCACCCAAGUUGCUCCCCAGAUAGGGAAACCCAGACCUCUGGAGUGGCCUCAGGCUAAGCCUUGACCCAAGCCAGAGACCAGAAACCCCCAUACCGGAAACUAGUCACAUGCUGAGCCCUGAUCCAAGCUAAUGUACUGCAGUUCUCACUCAAGCUCCCUGUACCUAGAUUAGGGCCUUAACAGGACGGGGAUCCAAAGGCUGCACCCCCUAAAGGGAGGGGCCUGCGUGUGCCCUGGGUCUCGGGGGCUGUGGCCCUAGGACUGGACUUCUCCUUCCCCUAACGGGGUCCCCUGCCACAAAAGCCCCACGGGUCCUGUGCCCUAGUGGGGCAGGCUCACUCACAGCCUCCCUGACCCUGUGCCCUACCCAGACCUGUUCUAGAUUCCACACCACCCUUCCCCAAGGGUGCCUCCACCUCCUACCCACCGGCUCAGGCUUGGGCAGGGCCUCCCAAGACUCAGCCUGGAAGGUGGGUGGGCACCGUGGGCCAUGGAACCCACAGCAGGGCCUGUGCUCUACCAGAAGCUGCUGGUCUCGGAACCAAGCUUGGAGUCUGAGGAGGAAGAGGGGGAGAUAUUGGAGCAGCUCAUUCCAGAUCCCUCGGGGCCCCAGGACUCCUCUGGGAACAAGGCUGGCAGUCUGCCCGGGGCCUGGGCCCGACUGGUGGCUGCCUUGCUGCUGCUGGCUGUUGGCUUCUCCCUGGCUGUGAGGCAACUCUGCAGCAGCGGUGCCUCUCCGGGAACCUUGGGCUCCGGGGCCCCUCCAGCCAGUGGGCACUCCCACGGACCUGGCGUGUACCACCGCGGUGGCGGCAUCAGCCCUACAGCCACGUGCUCCCACCUGGGUCGAGAGCUGUUUGUUGCCGGGGGCAACGUCGUGGAUGUGUGUCUGGCAGUGGUGUAUCCUCACGGAGAGGGUGCCAUGUUCUGGGGCCUCUUCCAUAGUAGCUCCUCGGGCAACUCAACCGCCCUGACGUCAGGCCCAGUCCAGACCCUGGUCCCCGGCCUGGGGCUACCCUCGGCUCUGCCUGCCCUGCAUUUGCUACACAUAUGCUUUGGCCGCCUGCCCUGGCCACACCUGCUGGUAGGCCCCACCACGCUGGCUCAAGAGGGCUUUCUGGUAGACACAUCCCUGGCCAGGGCUCUGGCAGCCCAGGGCACAAAGGGCCUCUGUCCCCUACUUUGCUACACUGGUGGGACUCCCCUGGGCCCUGGGGCCCGAGCCACCAACCCCAAACUGGCAGCUGUGUUCCAUCAGGCUGCACUUGCCCCCGCCCCAGACCUUGCCGGGGAUGCUCUACUGAGUCUGCUGGCCGGAGACCUGGGGCUGGAGGGCCCCUCAGCUAGGCCCAUGCCCACCUUGGAGCCAGCACUGCAGCUACCUGUGCCCCAGGGCAUCCUGUUCACCACCCCCAGCCCCUCAGCUGGCCCGGAACUCCUGGAGCUGCUGGAAGCAGUUCUACAGUGCGGGGGGCGCAGCCCUGCCCCCUGCCCAGCACACCUACGAGCUGCUGUCACCCCCGGGAGCGGUGUCCUGGCCACCUCCUCGCUCAACAGUUCCUUCGGCUCUGGACACCUGUCCCCAAGCACCAGGGUUCUACUCAGCAACCUGGUGGCCAAGUCUGCAAACAGUGCCUGGGCCUUUCCCCUCAUCCUUCUUGACAGCUCAGAUGACACAGAGGCCGACGUGUUGGGGCUCGUGCCUCCAGGGGCCCCUGCAGCUGCCAGAGUCAUGACUCACACACUCCUCAGCCACUUGGCUGGGCCCCAAACCCAGGCCCAGCAAGGACCAACGGAGAGCCCCGGAGCUUGUGGCCAAGGGACCCUGCUUCAGGUGGCAGCCCACGCAGAGCACGCCCAUGUCUCCAGUGUCCCCACUGGCUGCUGCUCCUUUCAGGGGUUUUAAGGUGGGGCAGUGCCUGGCAGGGGUGGGUGGGAGUAGGGGUCUCAAGCCUAGAGGCCAGGGCAGAGCGGGCCCAGCAGCAAUGGAGUACACGAAGAGUGUACAUCAAUCAUGUGCCCACUGCUGGCUUAGGCCCUCAACUUCUGGCCUGAUCAGUCGCCUGGACUUGAGUUUUUUCAGCUAAGGAACCGGAGGACAAGGAGGAAAGAAAACCAGGGCCGGGGCCAGCCGUGAGUUCAGAUCCAGCUCCGGGAAGGACAGGGGGAAGAAAGCUACACCCCUCCCUCAGCUCUGGGCCUCUGGGCAGGGCAGGCAGAUCCUGGAGCACUGCUGGUAUCUCUGAGCUCCCCUUCAGGCCACACUCCGCUGAUCUCCCUCAUCUGGGCUGGAAACAAAAUAAAGAUCAAGC